AUGGCACCCACAACCACCAACUCCUGGUCCAUCACCGGCACCAGCAAGGAGAACUGGGACUCUCUCGAGUUCAAGAAGGACGUCCCCCUCCCUCAACUCGGCGACUACGACGUUCUCGUCCAGAUUGAAGCCGUUUCCCUUAACUUCCGUGAUCUGGCCAUUCCCAAGGGCCUGUACCCCUUCCCCGUCAGCUUCCCCCGCGUCCCCGCCUCCGACGGCGCCGGCCGCGUCCUCGCUGUCGGCCCCAAGGUGACCCAGGUCUCCGAGGGGGACAACAUCUGCACUCUCUUCAACCAGCACCACCAGUCCAACCCCAUCACACCCCUCGCCGUUCGCAGCGGUCUCGGCGGUGCGCUCGACGGAACCCUCCGCCAGUAUGCCGUCUUCCCGGAGCAUGGCGUUGUCAAGUCACCCAAGACCCUAAACGCCGUCGAGGCCAGCACCCUCCCCUGCGCACCCCUGACCGCCUGGAACGCGCUUUACGGCCUGCAGUCCAAGGCCCUCAAGCCCGGCGACUUCGUCCUCACCCAGGGCACCGGCGGUGUCAGUCUGUCCGCGAUCCAAUUCGCCGUCGCCGCGGGCGCGACCGUCAUCGCGACGACUUCGUCCAAGGAGAAGGGCGAGCAGCUGCUGAAGCUGGGCGCGCACCACGUCAUCAACUACAAGGAGACGCCGAACUGGGGCGAGGUGGCCAAGAGCCUGACCCCGAACAACGUCGGUGUCGAUCACAUUAUCGAGGUCGGAGGCCCCGGCACCGUCGCCCAGUCGCUCAAGGCCGUGAAGUUGGAGGGUGUCAUCUCCAUCAUCGGCUUCCUGUCUCACGGAGAGACGCCCAAGGACCAGCCGACGCUUCUGGAUGCGCUUGCGAACAUCUGCACCAUCCGCGGACUGUUCGUCGGCUCCAAGCAGCAAUUUGAGGAGAUGAACCAGGCCAUCGACGCGAACAAGAUCCACCCCGUAGUGGACCAGAAGAUCUUUGGCUUCGAGGAGGUGAAGGAGGCGUACCAGUACCAGUGGGAUCAGAAGCACUUUGGAAAGGUCUGCAUUAAGAUCUAG